CUUUCUUUUAUUUCGUUUUGUUCUUCAUCGUGAUCUAUUUUGUUUGCUUUUUGUUCACUUCUAACCAUCUGGUCUGUAAACCAACAUAAAUUUUGCUUAUCCUUGACUAAGUGGCAUUGUCAUUUGAAUUUUUAACCGGAACAGGUCGUGAAGUUGUUUAAACUGGUUAAGAGAUCAAAGAGUUAGUUGUUUCAAGACAUCUUAUUAUUCAUACAAGAAGAAAGCUCCUGAAAAAUCCCUUACAAGACCAAUCACAUAAGGAGGAAUAUAUUAGUUUAGUCUUAAAUCAACGAUGCCGAAAGUGUUCUUAGUUCGGAAUAGGUCUCGAAUCAAUCCAUUUCGAGAUUCAAAAUUGAUGGAAUACGAUUCAUUUCCUUAUAAAACGGAGCUGCCGCAUUUUCUUGGUUCUUCUUGGAGAUAUCUACCUAAAGAUAUACCAUACAGUUAUGCUGUUUCUCCUAAAGACGAGAAUAUUAGUGUAGAUAAGCAAGACGAAUACAUUUACUGUAGAGAUGCUCUCUACUCUAAGCGCUCAAAUAAAAAUUUGCACAGUUACAUUGCUUAUGAGAACAAAUACAGCGAUAAAAAUAUAAAGCAAGCUGAUGCCGACGUUCUAAAAACAUCUUCAAAGUCAUGUACAUGUUGUAUAACUGACCAACUUGGAGUAAAAGAUAAACUGGUGCUAUCUCAUGUACAGGAAGAAAACAUCGCGCCAGGUUUGUCCGUAAAACCCUUUCCCUGUUCUAUCUGUGGUAAGAGUUUUCGUUUAUCCAGUACGCUGUGCCGACAUAAAAUAAUUCACACGACUCAACGACCGCACAAAUGUUACAUUUGUUUCAAAUCUUUCAAUCGCUCGUCCACAUUAAAGACACACUUGCGAACACACAACAAAUCCAAAGAAUUUGUAUGCAACAUUUGUGGCAAAGGAUUCCACCAGAAAGGCAACUUACGGAAUCAUGUUCUUAUUCACACAGGGGAGAAACCAUACCAGUGUAAAAUCUGCCAUAAAGCAUUUAAUAAACUUUCCAAUUUGAAAUUCCACAUGCACAGCCAUACCGAUCAAAGACCGUACCGAUGUCGAUUUUGCAAAGUUUCAUUGUGCAGACGUGGCGAAUUGAAACAACACAUAAGUUCUUGCCACCAGGACCAGUUGUAGACACAUCUUUAAGGCAAUCAUGCUCAAGUGAUGUAUACUCUGUAAUUUUUAUUGUACACUAAAAAAUCUACAAAAUAUACUGAAAAUAAUUUGA